AUGAGCAUGAGCCGUGUCUUGGCUACCCUAGCACAGUUGCCUAACGAACUUCAAAUGUUCAAAUACCCCUCGUCGAUCCUCUUGACUCACAGCAGAACCAAAAGAAUCCGAGAGCAUAUUUCAGGCACCAUGGAGGCCUCGGUCCAGUUGGACACACCAGCCUUCACCAGGCUUCCGGUCGAACUCCUGACCAUGAUCUUAGAUCAACGCUACUCGAAUAGAUCGGGCACUUGUUGGGGACAUGUGCAGUAUGCCUACCUACCAAGGCUUCUGGAGAAAGUGUUUCGUGGCAUUCAACUGGUGGCUUCGCACGAGCAGGUGAAUCUUGCGGAAACGCUUGAUCUGUCGGUGAUCAAGCCAUAUGUUAAGACGAUCGCAAUGGAGCCUACGAAGUACAGCUGGGCCAUGACCGAGGAGGUUUUCCGAGAUAUUGUCCUGGUCACGCCGUUACAAGAAUGGUGCUACGAUGUAAAUCAGAAGAGGUUAGAGAUGAUGAAAGCAGGUGGCGAUGUCAGCGGCUCGAUUAUCUUAGGAAGAAAACAGUUUGCGGAACUGGGGAUGAGAGGGUUCGUGCAACAGUACAUGGGUGGGAAGAUGCCAGUUUCAAGUGCAGAACUCGGCGAGGGCUUCCAGCGCUACAUGCAGCACGCUCAAUCCACGCAUACUGUGUUCGAGACACGACAGGUGCAGCACGCUUGGACGAGAGUAUUUACGCAGCUGCCAGAUGCGCACGUCUUCAGGAUUGGGAGGUGGGAGUGUGAGGGCAGAGGUGAAAGCAGUUGGAGAGACUGGGGCUGCGACGUUCAACCGCAUGAGCACUACUAUGGCAAGGGCUAUGACAACGCUGUCUGCCGGCGGCUUCAAGAACCAGUGGGUGAAGCGUUGUACAGCACAGCCAUCGCGAGUCUUGUUGCUGCUCGAGCUAAGAUUACUCAACUACACAUCGAGUCUGUUGUUGACGGCAACUUCGCUUGGGCGCACAACGGCGCAUUGGAUGACCUUGACUUGUCCCAUCUCCAAACUCUCUCAUUUCAACCGUUAGGAGCAGAACCCCGGGUGGACUACGACUCCGGUUCAGAGCGUGAAGCUGCCGUUCACACCUACUGCAGCCUCGCCAUAACAACCCUGCUGCGCAAGUGCAGCACCAGUCUGCAGAAGUUAACCCUGUUCCCAGGUUUCUGUUGCUACGAUAUGGCAUGGCCGCUCUCGGACAUUCCAGCGUCGAACAACCUCCUCACUCUCCCGGCACUCAAAAGCCUCACAACAGGUCUCUCCCUCGCGCUUUUUCUGCACCAAUGCUCUGCCUUGGAGUAUCUCCAGCUCGAUAGCUGCCACAGGGAAGACGGUGAGUGGCGCGAGCUAUGGGACGCCAUUCGAGAUCAUCCUGACCGCAUGACUCUCGAAUUCACCGAGCUUCCAUGCAACAGCUGUGCAGAGGUGGGCGUGUCUCACCACACGGGGGAGGCUAGUGGGGUAGCAUUUAGCAGCGAUCCGUGGAGUAAUAUUGGAUACAGCCUGGAAAACUAUUUAUCAGGAGGAAGGCAUUGGGGCCGAUCGCUGAGGAUGCGGUUUGAAGAGGGGAGUGGGAAAUCCUCGGAAUCGGAAAGUGACGAGGAUGGAGACGAAGAUGAAGAUGAGAGUGAUGCUGAUGAAGAUAUGGAUAGCGGAAGCGAAGUGGAAGACAACGAGUAA